GUGUCUUUUUUCUGGGCAGUUCCUUUUUCCCCCAUUGGUCCAUGACGCUUCAACCACACGACCCCCAUCCUCCUAUUAGUUUAUGUCUGCGCCAGGUCAUACGACGAGCGAGUUGAAUCAGCUCUUCUUACAUUUUUGAAUGGUUACUUAUCUCAUCUUGAGAAAAUCUCGGACCACCUGACCAGCGUAGAGGUAAGCGUUAAUCUUUAUUUCAAAAUUGCUAAUCUGCACUGCUCGGAAGACGUCCAAAAAAUGAAUAAACUCAUUAAAGGGUAUCAUGUGAGUUUGCGAAGGAUUUUAUUUCGCCAAGGACAGCAUUCAGAUAAAAGAGAAAAACGCGAUCUCUCAAUUUUAUUAGGUUGACCUUUUUUUCUAUCGCAAUAGAAAAAACCCUCUUGGGGGUCCACGGACUGGCUUCAAUAACACUUGAAUGGCGAAAACGAUAUAUUUUCUCACUACCCUCCGUCUAGAUAUUCAAGUGGGUUUAAGGCUUACCAGAUAAACAGCGGGGGACAAGAGUGAAUGACUUAUUUAGUGGCACAGCAUAUGAUAGUUUUACAGGGAGACACAGCAUUUGAUAGUUUUACAAGGAGACACAGUAUUUAAUAGUUUUACAGGGAGACACAGCAUUUGAUAGUUUUACAGGGAGACACAGCAUUUGAUAGUAGUUUUUUUUAAGGGAGACAGAAUUUAAUAGUUUUACAGUGAGACACAGUAUUAAUAGUUUUACAGUGAGACACAGUAUUUAAUAGUUUUACAGUGAUACAAAGUAUGUAAUAGUUUUACAGUGAGACACAGUAUUUAAUAGUUUUACAGUGAUACAAAGUAUGUAAUAGUUUUACAGUGAGACACAGUAUUUAAUAGUUUUACAAGGAGACACAUCAUUUGAUAGUUUUACAGGGAGACACAGCAUUUGAUAGUAGUUAUUUUUUAAGGGAGACAGAAUUUAAUAGUUUUACAGUGAGACACAGUAUUAAUAGUUUUACAGUGAGACACAGUAUUUAAUAGUUUUACAGUGAUACAAAGUAUGUAAUAGUUUUACAGUGAGACACAGUAUUUAAUAGUUUUACAGUGAUUCAAAGUAUGUAAUAGUUUUACAGUGAGACACAGUAUUUAAUAGUUUUACAGUGAGACACAGGAUUUAAUAGUUUUACAGUGACACAAAGUAUUUAAUAGUUUUACAGGGAGACACAGUAUUUAAUAGUUUUACAAGGAGACACAGUAUUUAAUAGUUUUACAAUGACACAAAGUAUUUAAUAGUUUUACAGUGAGACACAGGAUUUAAUAGUUUUACAGUGACACAAAGUAUUUAAUAGUUCUACAGGGAGACACAGUAUUUAAUAGUUUUACAAGGAGACACAGUAUUUAAUAGUUUUACAAUGACACAAAGUAUUUAAUAGUUUUACAAGGAGACACAGUAUUUAAUAGUUUUUCAAGGAGACACAGUAUUUAAUAGUUUUACAGGGAGACACAGUAUUUAUAUAUAUAUAUAUAUAUAUAUAUAUAUUAUUAACGGGGAAUUAUCCAUGUUUAAAGGAAUGUCUAGUUUACCGUACUCCAUAAGAAAUGCAGUGAUGUCUUUAAUGACACACAAGAUAUUCAAAUAUCUGAAUAUAAUUUGUCGGUGUCUUUCAACGCACAAGUGUCAAUGUGUCGCUGAGCGCAACGUCAUCUCUGGAUCUAUGUUGUUUUUUUAUGAACGUAACAGCUUAAUGGUCUAUGAACAUGAUACAUGUUAUGUCAGUGUCCUUUUAUUUGUCUAAGAACGAGGAGUGUCUUGUUCAUGAACAGAAUUUGGCGUGAACUAGAAAUACUUGUCCAAUAUUUUCCUUCUGUUAAGUGCUCUCUAGAUCAAUAUUUGCCUUCUCUUAAGUCAGUGGUUCUGAACCUUUUUGGAGGUACUGAACCCCACCAGUUUCAUAUGCGCAUUCAUCGAACCCUUCGUAAUAGGAACAAUAAAAACUGAUUUUAAAAAAAAUAUUUUUUUUUACCUCCACCGAACCCCUGAGACUUACUCACCGAACCCCUGAGACUUACUCAACGAACCCCUGGGGUUCGAUCGAACCCAGGUUAAGAACCACUGUCUUAAAUGCUGUGUAGGUCAAGAGUUUAUAUUUCAAAAUGGCACGCGACGCGACGAAACUGGCUAAGGUUGAUAGGGGAAAAUAAUAACAUUAAACCGUGUGAAUUUCCCACAUCUUACAAAGCUUCCCAUUUUCAUUAGGUUCACCUUCUGACUGUUACAAUUCAAAAGCCGUCUUGCGCACCCAAAGGCAAGUUCAGAAUUAGCAAACAUACGAUGGUUAAGGGGGUCCUGGUAGGUUUCUACCGUCGAACUUUAUGUACUUAGGCCGAGUAAGUACCUGUUCCCAGAGCCUUCGAUUCUUUAGAGGAAAAAAAAAGAAAGAAAAACAAAAUUGGGGGUGGGGAUUGCUGGGCAUUACGGAUAAGUUCCCCCUGCUAUGGAUGACGUCAUGGAUUGUCUCUUGAUAAUGACAUGCGAAAAACACUACCCUGUUCACAGAGGCGUAGCUAAGGGAGCCAGGGGGGGGGGUGACAGAUGUCCAUGGGCCCCAAACACUCAAGCUACGCCUCUGUCUGUUCAUCUUUGCAAAACAAACUUUACUUCUGGGUGCCUAGAAAUACUUUAGAUAAUAAGAGAAAAAAAAAAAAAAAAAAAAAAAAAAAAAAAAAAAAAAAAAAAAUAUAAAAAAAAAAAAAAAAAAAAAAAAAAAAAAAAAAAAAAAAAAAAAAACAACUUGAAAUUUACACAAAUAAAAACUUCACGUUUCAAUGGAUCGAAUUUCUUCAGAAAAAUAAAUUAUAUAACUUUCGACGUGUGAACAUUUCAUACGUAGGCCAAAUGCCACUAUUCAACAAGUGGGCCAAAUGCCACUAUUUAACACCUAAAGUUUACUGGCAAUUUGAAAUGUUAAAACUUCUUCUAUUGUACAGUGUAAAAGUUGUGGAUUCCAUUCCCAUACUGAUAAGGAAUAUUAUUAUUAUUAUUAUAAUUUUUUUUAAAUUUUAAGUUUGAAAUAAAACGAAAGGAUGAUUUCAAUUCUACAAGGAACAAAGAAAUCAUGGCAUAAAAUAAAUAGGCGUUCUUGGUUUUAGUUCAAAUAAAUGAUGCAGGGUUCCUCUGAAACCGGACGUCUGUGCCACGCAUUGAUUUCCCCCCCCCCCCAACACCACUUUUAAAGCAAUGUCAACACUUUUUGCAAACCCUGCUCUACAUCACGCUCUGGCUCGUUCAGACAAAACCAACUUGGAUUUUGUUCAAAUAUCCACAGAAAUGGAACAUGAUCUGAUUCACUAAAAUCAUUUACGGACCCGUGUUACGUCGACUGCAGGUUUUUUAAAAUUUUUAAAAAUAAUUUUUUAUUUUAUUUUUGCAAACGUUAUGUUGCCGGUGUGCACUUUAAUAGCAAUCUUUCUAAUGAGCACAUUAUCUUAUUCUUCUGUCCCUCUGAAAUGGAAAAAAAAACCUUUUUUUUUUCAAAUNGAAAUCAUGGCAUAAAAUAAAUAGGCGUUCUUGGUUUUAGUUCAAAUAAAUGAUGCAGGGUUCCUCUGAAACCGGACGUCUUGGCCACGCAUUGAUUUACCCCCCCCCCCAACACCACUUUUAAAGCAAUGUCAACACUUUUUGCAAACCCUGCUCUACAUCACGCUCUGGCUCGUUCAGACAAAACCAACUUGGAUUUUGUUCAAAUAUCCACAGAAAUGGAACAUGAUCUGAUUCACUAAAAUCAUUUACGGACCCGUGUUACGUCGACUGCAGGUUUUUUAAAAUUUUUAAAAAUAAUUUUUUAUUUUAUUUUUGCAAACGUUAUGUUGCCGGUGUGCACUUUAAUAGCAAUCUUUCUAAUGAGCACAUUAUCUUAUUCUUCUGUCCCUCUGAAAUGGAAAAAAAAACCUUUUUUUUUUCAAAUACCAUAUUAAAAAUGAUUGGUGACAGGGUCUGCCAUGAGGAUGGACCACGCCGUUGAAACAAUUUAUCUUGCGAAUCAAGUUGUGGGAAUAAAAAGUAGAUGAAACAUUUUGAUGAUUCAGUAAUGUCAGAAUGACCUUGUUUUGAAGCACCAUGUUUAGUUGUCCCCCCCCCCUCCCCCCACGCGCUGUCCCACAUAAAGAAAGAAUUAAUUCACGUGACCAUUGAUUGUUGAAGGGCUUGAGGAAACGUUCUAGGCCUGAACAAAUGGACAAAUCUCCAAGCUCCUUUUCCCGUAACAUCUUCAUCAUGAACAAAUGGACAAAUCUCCAAGCUCCUUUUCCCGUAACAUCUUCAUCAUGAACAAAUGGACAAAUCUCCAAGCUCCUUUUCCCGUAACAUCUUCAUCAUGAAAAAAGUCUCCUUUAAUGCACAAAGGAGUUUUGAAUCUUUUCACGUUUCAGUUUUGGACGUGGACUAUAGAGGAAUAAAAGUAAAGAAGUAAAAAGGCAUAGACGUAUCGCAGUAUACUGUGGUCGGGAUUCUGUCAAGGAAAAAUGGCACACGGGGCGAAGUCUGCAAAUGAUGCCCCCUCUAUAUAAAGAUAAAAGUGCAGCCUCGGGGUGGUAUAAUGAAGACUUUGGCGCCCCACUGUCUUUGUGACAUACAUAGUAUUGUAUUGUUUAGUUCAAUAUCAAUGUCCUAUCUAACGACGACAUUAGCGCCCUCUUCGACUCCCCCCCCCACCUCCACUGGCUGUGGGUUAUGUAAAAUAAAAUAUAAUUGGACUUUGAUAAAACGUUUUUAAUGUUAUAUGUACUUUAAAAAAAACACACCAGUUUUAAGAUAAUCUUGGUGCAAAUUGAAUAAUUGACAAUCUCCAAUAAAAAAAAAAAAAUUUUUAUAUAUAUAUAUAUAUAUAUAUAUAUAUAUAUAGGUCAAUUAAAUACCCUACCCAUGUUAUUGUUCCCUAUGUUAUCUGUAUAAUGUUUGCAGUAUCCUGAAAGGACGAUUUUUAACAUUUCCUCUCCACAAAUAUUCCAAGUCAUAGUGACCCAUAAAUAUGUACACAUAGCUGGUUCCCCUUCUCAUAGCCACUGGCCGAAUUUUUCACUAUUGAAUUUUAACGAAUUUAAUUGUAGAACAUGAAGUCUCAAACGUACAAACGCAAACCUGGGAUAAGACCCCCAAAAAAUGUUUCAGCAGUAACUGAGUCACAUCACACAUUAUGUUUGUUAACAUUCAGGCUGUAACGUAAUUUGAUCCGUCGUGUGGCCUGUGCUGUCAUCCCAACAAUUGAUCUGUCGUGUGGUCGGUGCUGUCAUCCCAACAAUUGAUCUGUCGUGUGGCCGCUGCUGUCCUCCCAACAAUUGAUCUGUCGUGUUGCCGCUGCUGUCCUCCCAACAAUUGAUCUGUCGUGUGGUCGGUGCUGUCACCACAACAAUUUCCUAAAUCAUUCAACUAUAGAGCUAAAAAUGUAAGUCAUAAUUCUGAUAUAACUACAAAGAAUAUCAGUAUUUGGGGAGGGGAGGGGUCAAUGUUUUUAAUCACGGUAUCUCUUAUGUUAUCUUGUUUGGGGGGUUAACUGAGCAAAUCCCGCCAUCGCAUCAGAAGCUGUGUUUUAUGCCAAGAUCCCAUCAGAAGCUGUGCUUUAUGCCAAGAUCCCAUCAGAAGCUGUGCUUUAUGCCAAGAUCCCAUCAGAAGCUGGGCUUUAUGCCAAGAUCCCAUCAGAAGCUGUGCUUUAUGCCAAGAUCCCAUCAGAAGCUGGGCUUUAUGCCAAGAUCCCAUCAGAAGCUGUGCUUUAUGCCAAGAUCCCAUCAGAAGCUGUGCUUUAUGCCAAGAUCCCAUCAGAAGCUGUGCUUUAUGCCAAGAUCCCAUCAGAAGCUGUGCUUUAUGCCAAGAUCCCAUCAGAAGCUGUGCUUUAUGCCAAGAUCCCAUCAGAAGCUGUGCUUUAUGCCAAGAUCCCAUCAGAAGCUGUGCUUUAUGCCAAGAUCCCAUCAGAAGCUGUGCUUUAUGCCAAGAUCCCAUCAGAAGCUGUGCUUUAUGCCAAGAUCCCAUCAGAAGCUGUGCUUUAUGCCAAGAUCCCAUCAGAAGCUGUGCUUUAUGCCAAGAUCCCAUCAGAAGCUGUGCUUUAUGCCAAGAUCCCAUCAGAAGCUGGGCUUUAUGCCAAGAUCCCAUCAGAAGCUGGGCUUUAUGCCAAGAUCCCACCAGAAGCUGGGCUUUAUGCCAAGAUCCCAUCAGAAUAUGUGCUUUAUGCCAAGAUCCCAUCAGAAGCUGUGCUUUAUGCCAAGAUCCAUCAGAAGCUGUGCUUUAUGCCAAGAUCCCACCAGAAGCUGGGCUUUAUGCCAAGAUCCCAUCAGAAGCUGGGCUUUAUGCCAAGAUCCCAUCAGAAUCUGUGCUUUAUGCCAAGAUCCCAUCAGAAGCUGUGCUUUAUGCCAAGAUCCCAUCAGAAGCUGUGCUUUAUGCCAAGAUCCCAUCAGAAGCUGUGCUUUAUGCCAAGAUCCCAUCAGAAGCUGUGCUUUAUGCCAAGAUCCCAUCAGAAGCUGUGCUUUAUGCCAAGAUCCCAUCAGAAGCUGUGCUUUAUGCCAAGAUCCCAUCAGAAGCUGUGCUUUAUGCCAAGAUCCCAUCAGAAGCUGUGCUUUAUGCCAAGAUCCCAUCAGAAGCUGUGCUUUAUGCCAAGAUCCCACCAGAAGCUGUGCUUUAUGCCAAGAUCCCACCAGAAGCUGUGCUUUAUGCCAAGAUCCCAUCAGAAGCUGUGCUUUAUGCCAAGAUCCCAUCAGAAUCUGUGCUUUAUGCCAAGAUCCCAUCAGAAGCUGUGCUUUAUGCCAAGAUCCCACCAGAAGCUGUGCUUUAUGCCAAGAUCCCACCAGAAGCUGUGCUUUAUGCCAAGAUCCCACCAGAAGCUGUGCUUUAUGCCAAGAUCCCAUCAGAAGCUGUGCUUUAUGCCAAGAUCCCAUCAGAAGCUGUGCUUUAUGCCAAGAUCCCAUCAGAAGCUGUGCUUUAUGCCAAGAUCCCAUCAGAAGCUGUGCUUUAGGUUUCUGUUCCUUUAAAAUUAUUAUAUUUUAUCAUUACUUAUAUGAAAAUUUUACCCUCUUCUCAUUCUAAGGUAUUUAUUACUUCAAAUACUGUUGACACUUGCAUGCCACGCCCACACUGUCGGGGCCACGUGUCUCAUGACAGAUGACACGUGCGAGUUUUGGCUUGAAAUCGAGCAUCACCUUACCAUGAGGUUGGGCAAAAUGGCCGUGUUUGCAGCCAAUGGGAAGCUGUACAAUGUGACCAAUCAAACCAUCGCUGUGCCGAUAGAGAACGUGAUCACUGCCGAUGGUUGGGAGGACGCACGGUUGGUUACAGUUGUCAAUAAAGCCAUGCCUGGUCCACCCAUUGAGGUACAUUUUACACUAGAUUGUCUUUCUAUAAUUAGCCACGAAUGGUUAUUUAACUCAGGGGCAAUGGUGAAUGUUAAAAUAAGACUCUGCUUUCAAAACACAAAUAAAGAUGGCAACGUUGCUGGCACCACAGUCCAGAGAACCGUAUCAUGCCAGGAUUGAAAUCUGAUUCUAAAAGUGAGACACAUCUGUGUUCACGUCACACAUUCUGGGUUUCCUUUCACUCCCCACAGGUUUAUGAAGGUCAAAAGGUCAUCGUUCAUGUUAAGAAUCUGUUGACCAACGAAGGUACUUCAAUCCAUUGGCAUGGCCUGCAUCAGAUUGGCACUCCUUGGAUGGACGGUGUCCCGUUUGUCACACAGGUAGAGUAAAUGAAUUUGUCCCAUUCGUCACACAAGUAGAGUAAAGGAAGUUGUCCUGUUCGUCACACAGGUAGAAUAAAGGAAAUUGUCCCGUUCGUCACACAGGUAGAGUAAAUGAAAUUGUCCCAUUCGUCACACAGGUAGAGUAAAGGAAGUUGUCCCAUUCGUCACACAGGUAGAGUAAAGGAAGUUGUCCCAUUCGUCACACAGGUAGAGUAAAGGAAGUUGUCCCAUUCGUCACACAGGUAGAGUAAAGGAAGUUGUCCCAUUCGUCACACAGGUAGAGUAAAGGAAAUUGUCCCAUUCGUCACACAGAUAGAGUAAAGGAAGUUGUCCCAUUCGUCACACAGGUAGAGUAAAGGAAGUUGUCCCAUUCGUCACACAGGUAGAGUAAAGGAAAUUGUCCCAUUCGUCACACAGGUGGAGUAAAGGAAGUUGUCCUGUUCGUCACACAGGUAGAGUAAAGGAAGUUGUCCCAUUCGUCACACAGGUAGAGUAAAUGAAAUUGUCCCAUUCGUCACACAGGUAGAGUAAAGGAAGUUGUCCCGUUCGUCACACAGGUAGAGUAAAGGAAGUUGUCCCAUUCGUCACACAGGUAGAGUAAAUGAAAUUGUCCCAUUCGUCACACAGGUAGAGUAAAGGAAGUCUAAAAUAAAUAUACGUUUUGAAAUUGUCGUGUAGACCACAGGCAGACAUUAUUAUCAUCCUAAAAAAUGUUAAUUUAUCCCCGAAAGUAUUAGACUUGAUUAUGUAUAAAUUAUCUAUCAGGCCAUUUACUCACAAUCACUUGUAAGCCUAUACAGUAGUCUUCUUUUUCCUCGGUUACUCUUUACAGUGCCCCAUCGGUCCCGGUCAACAGUUCACCUACAAAUUUGUUGCUGACUCUGUUGGGACGUACUGGUACCACUCUCACACAGGAACCCAAAUGUCCAUGGGUGCAUUUGGGGCCUUCAUUGUAAGAGAAAGAAAGCCUCUGGAAAUGGAAGAGUUCAUCAUGAUGAUACAGGUGGGUUAGCAAACAAGUUGGCGGUAGUGACACUCAAUUCCAUACUUUAAGAAAGCGUUGAUACCCCCAUCGCCCCCACCCCUUUACUGCCACUAGGGCUACGUCUAGGGUAUGAUUAUGUUUCCUAAUUAAGUAAUCUAAACUAAUCUCACUCCACACUCUUUCUAACAUUCAAUGACACCCUCACUCGCUCUCACUUCUUUUAAUACUAUCACUAUAAUAGCCCACAAAUAAAUAUUUAGUUAUAAACAGAAUUAACUACACACAUACACAUAUAAGGAAAUAACUAAAUAAGCUGCCUAAUGCUAAUACAAUUUGCGAUGGAAAAAGUUACACUGGCUAUCUUGUCGUCUGUAGCCGGUCAAGUCCGAAACACACACGGCCUGGUUUGCUUGGCCUCCCUCUCGCUGGUCACUGCCCACUGCGACGUGGUAGGUGUAGACAAUUUAGCUCGAACGGCUGGUGCAGACACCCGGCCUGGACUCCUGGCAGAGUCUACAUUUAUCUUCUAGUAAGCCUAACCUACACUUGAUUCUUCUAAUAGAAUUUCAGCGUUAGUCUGACCCUAAACGACUGACUCCACUAACUGACUCAACUGUACUAAGUGGUCUAUACUCUACGGUAUACUAGACCGACUCUACUACGCUCAACUCUACAGUCUACUGUGACUAAACUCAAAUCAACUAUACUCCGCUAUAGUGACUUUCAAUGAGCUCGAUUAUACUGGGACUCAACUCUACGGUACAAACUAUACUGGGACUAACUAUACUGGAACUGGCUAGAAAUGAGAAAAAAGAAUACAACGCAUAGGACAUAGCUACGAAUUAAAAUCAUAUCACAUUGUUAAUAAAUAAUCAUAAUCUAACAGUAACUAUAAUCCUAAAAUUUCUUAAUAAAACUACAAACAUGUGAAUACUAAAAAUACCAACAUAGCCAAAUUAUAGAUAAACAAACUUCAUCAAAUAGAAUAGCUAGCCGGGCUCUACUGAAAAAUAACAGGUGAAAAGAGAGCGAGAAAUGGGGGGGGGGGGGGGGGGUUCCUUUUACACUGGGUACAGGGUCGCGUGCCCUGCAUCUCGUAUGCGUCACUUGGGAUGCCCUCACCAGACGCGCAUUUUUUCAGCUGGGUCACGGUCUAGGUGACCAGGUUAAUUUCCAUUGUUUAUGUUAUUGUUAUGAAUGUUAGGGGUGGAUAGAGCGUGAGCCAGUGGGUCUCAAAAACAUGAGGACCAGCGGGUCUCAACAUGUGCCUUCUGGUAGUGUACUGUGUCUUCUGGUAGUGUACUGUGGUGCCUUCUGGUAUUGUACUUUGUCUUCUGAUAGUGUACUUUGUCUUCUGAUAGUGUACUGUGUCUUCUGGCAGUAUACUGUGUCUUUUGGUAGUGUGCUGUGUCUUCUGGUAGAGUAUUGUGCAAACGGAAGGGGAAAUUUGGUCGACCAGAACGGUUUCGCCAAAUGACCCUCACGCUAAUGUUGCUCUAUGGCAGGUGUUACAUUCGCCCCGACCCAAUUUAGGACGAAACUGACGAAGAUGAUGCAUGAAGUAACGGCUUGUAUCGUAAUCCAACUUUUGUGAUCGAACCAUUUCUUUAGGAUUUGAGAAGGUUCUUUCACACAAAGGGGCCUUUACGUGAAUAGACAAUGCUACAAACAAAACGCGGCUACCAGCAAUAUCGCUCGAGACUAUUUAGACAUGCUGCGGGAAAACUAUCAAAUACCAAUAAUUUCACGCGUUACUGACACCCCAUACACAUCCCACUCCCCCGAUCUUACACCAACCGAUUCAAACGGGUGGGACAUUGUCAAAGGCAAUUAUGUUCAACUGUAAGAGAUCGGCAAAGAACUGUGCAAUGCAAUAUUGGAGCAAACUAUAACACUUCCUUGUGCAGAAUGAGGAAAAAACGUUGUUCCCGGGUAGGUUCGAGAACAUGCAUGAACGAUAAGUACAUGAACUACAGCCAGGCGUGCAGGGUUCGAACGCCCACGUCACGCUAGCAUUACAAACAUUUUUUUUUACCCAAGCCCCACCUGAGCACAUACAAAGGUUUAAUGUCUCUGUAUCCAGCCUUUGCUGAAGAACUGAAACAUGUCUCCAUGCUGCCGUCAAGUGGAUUACGUUUCAAAUAGGCUGCGGUCAGGGCCGGAUUAAGCCAUCUUGGUGUCCUAGGCACAAACCCACAUGAGUGCCCCCUACUGCCCCGGGCCCGCGAUCCUCCACUGAAUGCUGGUAUGUUAAAUAUUAUGCAAAAAACUAACAAAGAAAAACAGUUGUGAAAUGUAAACACAUAUGUUUGUACUACUAUCACUCAUAUAAAACCUACAAUAAGGUAUUUCUGUAUUAAAAUUAAUAGUUAAUUAAUUCUGUAAUAAUAGUAGACAAAAAUACUGUAACUUUUUUGAUAGAUAAGAAAGUCAGAGAGCGCACACAAUUACAUUUUUAAGUUCUUUUUUCUAGAUUUACGUCUGGCAAAGUUUUUGAGUGCAUCAUCAAAGUUAAUUUUGAGAAACAAGUCUGCCUCAAUCAAAGAUAAGGAAUCAAGCCCCUCUUGUUUCAUUGUCUAUCUACUUGGAUUUUUUGUACGUUUAAACAGAGAAAAAGAGCGCUCAGUUGAACAGUUCGUAACCAUUAUUGUUAAAAAUAUGCGCAAGGCGAUUUCUACAUUUGGAAAAGCAAACUCGAUGUUGUCUCUAACUAUUACUUUGUAGAGUUCUGCAUGACUGAACGUGUUGUUCUCAGAUUUUGAUGCACGAAAAUUGGGGCGAAUAUAUGAGUGGAGCUGUUGUAGCUCAGUAUAUAAAUUAUUGUUAAGAUCUUCAGGCUAAGCAUUUAUUAGCCCUUCUCAACACUGAGAUGUUUGUGGUACAUCGACCAAACAAGAAAAUCGAACUGCUAGAUCAUUAUAUACCUGUCCUCGUCUACUCAUCUCUUUAUCAAGUUUGUCAACAAUGGUGUAGAAAGCAGAUAGACGAAAUUUGUCUCUGGCAUUCUGAGAUACCUCAGGGGCAUCACCAUCAAUGACCACUGUCUUUCGUUUACGAUUACGGGUCAAAGUUGACUUAUAAUCCACAUCUGGUGGUUUUUUAAAUCUUUUGCAGCUUCUUCAAAUCUUUCAAAUUCAUUCCUAGAUUCAUGGAAGUGAUCUGCUAGUGAAGAAUACAAAUCAGCACACGUUUUCAAGUUCACGUGCUCAUUUUGUAGAGUUUGACUGACCCUAUUCACAAUUGUUUUCACUAGCAGACCAAAACGGAAGUGAAUUUGUCGCUACACACUAGUGCGUUACUUAGCACAAAGAUAUCCCAGAAAAGUAAAAAAAAAAUAGCACAAAAAAAAAAAACCUUGAAAAAAAAAAAAAAAAAAAAAAAAAAAAAAAAAAAACUGAAAAAAAAAAAAAAAAGCAAAAAAAAGGGGGGGGGGGUUUUUUUUCCCCCCCCCCCCCCCGGUUGUGGGACCAAGGUUAAAUAAUGUGCGAUUCAAUAUUACAUUUGCGAUUUGCUAAUGCCAUGCUUGAGGACUUAUGGUGCCCCCCCCCCAAUGCUUGGUGCCCUAGGCACGUGCCUUGUUUGCCUAAUGGUUAAUCCAGCCCUGGCUGCGUCUAUUCGGACCCGGGUCCCAGAAGUGAGAGGUUGAGUUUAUUAAUAAAUAUUAAAAAUAUUAUUGUUGGGUUUGUAAGACAAACCGACACGCAUAGCCGCUUUUCGGACCCGGGUCCCUUUAGACUAAAUGAUAUUCGGAUGUCAUUUGUGGUAGUUUAUUUUAGUUAAACUGAAGAAGUAAUUUUUUAAAAAAUAUAGUCCAUUCAAUUAUCUUUCAUUUGAUACCGAAUUUGUCUUACACCCCUACAAUAAUAUUUUAAAUAUUUUUUAAAAUCCCAACCUCUCACUUGUGAGAACCGGGUCGGAAUAGCCACUUCGUUUGAAAUAUUCGGCCCAUGUAGGUCUUGAGUUUCAACGUUUUACAAUAAUCAAAAAAAAUUUUAAAAGAAUAAAAUAAUUGAAUAAGUAUUGUAGAAACUGACCAAGUAGUUAGUGAGAUCCUCAUGAACUUUUACAAUUUUUAGUUCAGUGGUUCUAAACACAUGGGUGGCGACUUCAUCGGGGUCACUUAAAAUAUGCUCCCGGGGGGAGCAAAACAAUAACUUAUGAUUCAUUCGUCAGGGAAACUAGGCAACUAAAUAAAAAAUUUUAAAAAUACAACUUUAAAUCAUUUUCUUUUGUCUAGGACUGGAAUCAUGACAUGGACGCUGACUUGGUCCAUGCAAAAUUAUUGUAUGGCAACUAUGUAAACAGAACAGAAGUUCUACAAACAAUGUCCCUGGAAGGUGCACAUUUUAGGUGAGAUUAAACUGUCAACUCCAUUGAAAUUUAUUUUCGUAAUGCCAUAAUAAAAUAGGAGAUGUUUGAUUUAACGUAGGCCCACAAAUUCUAAAGCAGUGGUUCUGAACCUUCCUAAUGCCGCGACCCUUUAAUAAAGGUCCUCAUGUUGUGGUGACCCUCAAGCAAAACAAUUAUGUUCGUUGCUACUUCAUAAAAUGUGUUAUCCAAUGGUCUUAGUCGACCCUUCUGUAAGGGUCGUUCGACACCCAAAAGAGGUCGUGACCCACAGGUUGACAGCCUCUGCUUUAAAUGAUGUGUAAAGUAAAUUUGGAGGUAGAAAUUUUAAGCAUCGAUUUAAAUAUAUAUGUAUCUAUAUUAAAAUUCCAAUUUAAAAAUGAAAAUCAUCUAAAGUUGUGUUUUCCCCCCUUUAUCUAAGCAAUCUCCCGUUUCAAUCGGGACUCAUCAAUGGAAGGGGACGUUACUACUACCCGGAUGGCAGUAACAACCAGGCUCCAUUAACAGUGUAUAAAGUCAAUGCUUCCAGCUCUUACAGGUAGAUACCAAAAGAGCCGUCAAGUUUUCCCUGCAACCCUUGCGUCACGUGGGUCCUGCAACUCCUGUGUUACGUGGGUCCUGCAACCCCUGUGGCUGCACUGUGUGUUGAAUAUUAAAGGGGCCCAAAGUUGUGAUGCGGAAAAAAAGUUUUUCUAUUUUUUUUUUACUAGAUUAGUAGUGAACGAUACAGCAAUUUCAGGAUCAUCUGCCCUACUCCCCCUCCCCCCCCCCCAAACCCAUUUGAUAAUAAUUCAGCCCAAAGUUGUGGGGCGGAAAAAAAGUUUUUCUAUUUUUUUUUUACUAGAUUAGUAGUGAACGAUACAGCAAUUUCAGGAUCAUCUGCCCUACCCCCCCCCCCCCCCCCCCCAAACCCAUUUGAUAAUAAUUCCAUCGCCCAUGAUGGUAUCACUACAGGAGUGCAUAGAAGUAUCUUUCUAUGAGUUUUCUCGAAUGGUAUUGCAUACGAUUUAAUAUAUACUUUUGAGUGUUCCCAGAAAGUUCCAACUUAAUCGCACCAGGGAAUGGAUCUCCUCAUUGGUGAACAGUAUCCCUCGGAGGGACGGAAUACCGUCGGGGAAUGGGAUCCCACCCGGGAAUGGGAUCCUCACGGAAAUGAGAUAUCGGCGGGGAACUUUAUUUAACCAGGAAGUGAGAUUUCUUUGGGAUCCUAUUUAAUUUCAUUUAUAAACGGCUAUAGCUUAGACCAGAGGUUCCUAAAGUGGUCUAUAUCGACCCCCAGGGGUCGACGACAACUUGCAAGGGGCCCAUGUCAGCGGAAAAAAAAAUAAUAUCAGAUGAGCAGGGGGUCUGCCCAAAACCAAAAAAAACAUGGCAAGUGGUCUAGAGACAAAAAAGUUUGGGGACCUCUGGCUUAGACAAUGGUGAAUUUAUUUGUAUAAUGUGACAACUCUUAAAAGUUUGAUUAGACUUUAAAUCAUGUUUAUUUACUGGGACUUGUCUUUGACAUUAAAUGAAAAGGACUGAGGCACAAUAUGUUUACAUAAGUUAGAAUCAAUCUGUUUUUAUAGGGAAAUUAUAUUAUUAUUUUUUACUUAAGCGAUGUGUUUUUUUACAGGGUCCUUAAGUUAAGUUCAAUAUUUUCUAAAAGCCCGCAUAAGUUUGUUUGUUUUUUUCCGAAUGCACUCUCGGACAACGUCGGGUACAUCGGCUAGUAUUAUAUAUAAAGGUGAAACAAGUGUUUUGACUUCGCAAUCAUCACACUACGUCAUCGACAACGACAUAUUUACAUGUCAAAAAUACUGGAAGCGAUUUUUUAAAAUUGUAAUGAAUUUUAUUUGCUAAAAUUAAAUACCAUAUUUUAUUUCAUCUUUCCAACAGGUUCCGUGUGGUGGGAGCUGGGAGUGUUUACCCGUUUAGAGUUUCCAUUGACGGCCAUCCCAUUACACUGGUGGCUUCUGAUGGGUAGUUAACAUUUAGCAUUUAAAUAAACCCACAAAAAGAAGGGGGGGGGGGCUUACACAGAACAAUUUAUUCAUUCUUGUUUUAGUUUUAGUACUGAAUUUACGAUUUUAAGUAUUUAACUUACAUCUGAAAUUGUUAGCAUUUUUUUUUAAAUGCCAAAAAUGUAUUAAGGUGUUAUUUGUUUUAAUGUGUCAACAGCUGUGAAUUACAACCAGUGGUUGUGGAGUCAAUUAUUGUUAACGAAGGCGAACGAUAUGAUUUUGUGGUCGCAGCCAAUCAGACUGUUGGAAAUUAUUGGAUAAGGGCAGUCACUCUGGAGGUGAAUGUUCAGAACCAUGUAGCUGAAGCCAUUCUAAGAUAUGAGGGUGCACCGGAUGAGGAACCAAAGACCAGUAGAAAAAAUUGUACAGCAAAUGAUAGGUUGGAAAUUUUGCAGGUUUUAAAAAGAUGAUUAAUUACUCAGUCUUAAGUGUAUUUCAUUUUUUUUAAAGUUUCACAAUUGUAGUAGUUGGAUUCAAUCUUAAAUGAAAAACAACAAUAACGACAACAACGAUAAAAACAACAACAUCAUCAACAAAACAUAACUAUGAAUCUUUUAAGUGCAUAUUCAGGUAACAAAACACAGAAAGCCCAUCACAAGUGAGACAAAUAUGAUAUUUAUUAUGCUAGUAGAGCUAUGCCAUUCUGACACAAGUCUAACAAUGCACUCUCCCUUUACAGGUGUCUUGUGGUCAACUGUCCAUUUUCUUACUACCCAGAUGGAGCGUUCACCGACUGCGUGAAUUUAGGGCAGCUGAAGACGACCGUGGGCCACAGCACACCUGGUGGGAACAGAACACAGACAGAAGAUAAUAUAGAAGACGUUUUCCUCAACUUUGCCUUUCCUAUAAGAAUAUCACAAUCACCCAUUCACGGUGGUGUCAGUGGAAGAACUUUUAUGGUAAGCAACAAAUUGAGAUAGAGCUUUGAGACUCGAAUGUCUACGGUAUGAGAGUGACAAAACACAUUUCUAAAAUGUGUCAAUGAAUGCAGUGGCAUAACUAAAUGUUUAGAAUAUGAGUAAAAAACAACAACCUCGCUUUCUCCAUGAAAUCUGGUUUAUUAUCGUCACAAUAAAGACAGUUGUUAUAAAUCAUGAAGAAACACAGUGUCGGAGAAAACACAAUAAAAGGAAAAAUGAGACAUUAUUUAUUAAUUUUGUUUACAAAAUAUGUCUUAUAAAGCUGGAUGCUGUUCAAAGACCGAUCGGAAACUCGUAAUUGAUCCCCUACCCAGAGGUGUAUAUAGGAGGGGAAGGCAUAUUUUCUUUAGGAUUCAAAAGGGAGGGGGCAUUUUCAGGCUACUGUAGAUGUUUUUUUUUUUGUGAGGAAAGAAUCCUCUCCAGCCCCGGCGUGCCACUAACGGUAGCUAAGCCAUGGAGCCCGGGUGCCACUAACGGUAGCUAAGCCAUGGAGCCCGGGUGCCACUAACGGUAGCUCAGCCAUCCCCGGCUGCCACUAACGGUAGCUAAGCCAUCCCCGGGUGCCACUAACGGUAGCUAAGCCAUGGAGCCCGGGUGCCACUAACGGUAGCUAAGCCAUCCCCGGGUGCCACUAACGGUAGCUAAGCCAUCCCCGGGUGCCACUAACGGUAGCUAAGCCACUUCGCCUGCCUGUUGUGUCAUCUUUCACGUUUUCCAAUGACCUGUUUUUAUAUUUUCUUAAGCAUGAUCGUAGUCUCAACCUUAUUAUAAAAUAAAAAAUAAUGCCAGAUCAGCCUCAUUGUUUGUUCCUCACAAAAUCAACAAAGAAAAUCAAUACAUAUAAAACUCUAGGUAUGAAAGAAAGUAUGGUGUAAUGGUGAGUUCAAAAGCGUGCAAAGUAAAACUCCUGAUAACUGCGCUAAAUGAGAUUGUUCAAUAUACCAUAAGGGCGUUUGGUGCGUAAUAUUUCUUUGGUUUUUUUCUCAAAUAGUUGGUGAAAUGAAUCUGCUGUGUAAAAGUGGUUGCGUCAUUAGAAUAUUAAUAGAGUUUAGGGGCGUGAAAAAAAUGGGGGAUGGGACUAAUUGGGAUUCUCGUCAAGUGCGUUACUUGUCUGCAAGUUUUGUUAAAUUUUCAGCCUCCUCCCCACUGCUCGAUGUUACAUUUUAUUUUUUAUGAAAAACUGUGUUUUUAGGGGCUGUUUAAUGUAUUUAUUGUGAACUAGGUUUCUUAAUAGGUAUAAAAGACGACUAAUAUGAAUAUUUGAUUUCAGUUCCCGACAGUCCCUGUCUUGACUCAGCCCCAAGAAGUAACAACAGCUUGUAACAAUGAUGAAUGUGGAGAUGAAAAAGUCUGCAAAUGUCCUUAUACAAUAAAUCUAGAGGUAAUAUAAGAAUAUGUAAAAUCAAGUCAUAAAAGAUCAGUUGCUUUCUUUUUGAGUGUGAUCCAGUCUAGGGUGACCCAAGCAUCCAUACUGCUGUCCAGUCUAGGGUGACCCAAGCAUCAAUGCUGCUGUCUAGUAUAGGGCAGUGGUCGCCAAAAAAAAAAAAUCCUGGCUCGCAUGCAGCUCCUUAGCACCCUGAGUGCGGCUCGACCAGUCGGCUUUAAAUCGGUUUUGACUCCGAAAAAACAUGGUCCUUGACAGGUUCUUGAAAAGAAAUGUGGCUCUCAAAAUUUUUUUUUUUAAUCGUCCUGCUACUGAUUUUUGGCUCUUUUGACUAAUCCGUUUGUCGACCACUGGUCUAGGGUCACUCAUGUAUCAAUGUGGAUGUCUAGUCUAGGGUAAUCUUACAUCAAUGUUGGUUUAUAGUCUAAGGUGACCUUACAUCAUGGAUGCUGUCUUGUCUAGGAUGACCUACACGUCAAUGCUGCCUCCUUGAUAGGCCUAAUUUUCAUAAACAAUCCCCCCUUCAUUGUGGACAAUUUUAACAUAUUUACAUCGGGAAAGAUGGCGUUUUUUAAAAAAAAAAAAACUUAUUUAAAGACAAAUUUCACCAGAAUUUGAUAUUAGACUGAUAUCGGUAUAUUGUUUGAAAUUUACUAAGAUGAUGAAUUUGAUAGCAAUUACAUAUAAUGAGAUUAUUAUUCUGUUAAUUAUGUUAGCUGUAGUUAUACAGAUUCCUGUAGUUAAAUCAACAAAUUGAAAUGCAUUCCUUCCAUCUUGACAAAGUUAUUAAGUUCACUGUCAAUUUAUCAUCUCAUUUUUUAUGUGAAUAGUUUUUUGUUAAUAUCAUGGGUGCUUUUGAUAUUAAGUGUUUGGAAUUAUAAUAAGAAUUACACAGAAAGAGUUGUGAUAAUGGUUUACUACUUAAUAGUUACUACAGAAAGAUUUGUAGGCAUGAUUUACUACUUCAAGUAGUUACGAACAAAUUGUGUCAAUAUAACAAUAAAAAUUACGCUUUAAUAAUAAUUAUACAUUAUACACAAGUAAACGUUUCGGCACAUGCCGUCAUCAGUGCAAAACAAAAAAAAAAACACAUUUAAGUAAGUAUAAAUUAAAUUUACAUAAUAUAAAUAUACAUAUCCUACCUAAAACAGAAAAAUAGGAGAGGGCGCUAAAACCAGAGAAAAACAAAGUAUAGAGAAGUAGGAAGGAAGUAAUUUAAACAUAAUUUAAAAAGAAAACAGGAAAAAGGCAUGGCAGUUAAGUAAAAUUGUGGAUUUUGUUCAUUCCAUAUGGAGACAACGUACUAAAUCUAGUUAUUAAUUUGUUCUCCAUAUAGAUUCUAUCUGUAGUGUUACUAGUAUAGAGUAUACCAGUAACUGCGAUGUCUGAGAUACCAUCAUGGUUGGGGCUAUUGAAAUGUUUGGAGACAGGACAUAGAGCGUGUUUAUUUAUGUUAUUGAGGUGCUCUCUGAACCGGUCCCCAAGGCGACGACCUGUCUCUCCUAUGUAUAAUUUACCGCACUUUUUGCAAAUGAUGGUGUAAAUCACGUUGCGACUUGUGCAGGUAAAGCCAUCUUUUAUUCUGAAUACUUCCAGAGGGAAAGUGAUCUUAUCAGUUUAGAUCACGUAAGGACAUGAGCUACAAUGGCUACGGUUGCAACUCUUUGUGCCUUUACGGGCUUUAAUAGCAGGGAGGUGGCUUCUAACUAGCAUGUCCCUAAGGCUCUUGUCCCUCCGGAAAGCGAAAAGAGGAGGUUUUCUGAAAAUCUCAUUUGUGACAGGGUCUGCCAUCAGAAUUGAGCGGUUUUUCAGAACGAGAGAGCGAGCUUAUAGGUUGUGGGGAUACACUUUUUUCCCUAAUCCACUGAGAAACCGUGCAGAAUCCUGUACAGCCGUACUAGCCGAAAACCAGUUAAAGCCGUUCACAGGACGGGUCAACCUUACAGCUUGGCGUGCAUGGAUUAAUGUCUCAGAAAUGAACGAUCACAUUUAUUAAAUUGGAAAGUUUAUUUAAACAUUUCGAGGGAAGGUCUGGGGGGGGGGGAAGGGGGGCAUAAAUUACGUGCUUUGGCCUAGGACGUAGAAAUUUGUAAGCUUUGCCCUGCACAAACAAUAUCGCUAUUUACAUACUGUAUUGAGAUUUAGUUAAGAAUUAUCUGGUAUAUAAAGCACGCUUAGCGCCUUUAAGGUUUGCUGCUCAUUUUUAUCAGCUGCUUUUUAGCGUCUUACAUUUUUUUCUUCAAUUCAUUUCAUUGUUGUAAUUUAAAGGUGUCGAACUGUGUAUGCUCUAAGUGCAAAACUAUUUACCCGUCUCCUCUCUUAGCGUUUGUUCCAGACAUAGGAUGUGAAUCAGAUACAUUUAUAUAUAUUAAGUGGUGCUGUUUUCUUGAUCUUCUUUAGAUAGGCUGUUUUAUGUUAUAUGGAUUUGUUUUAAAAAAGGUCUUUAAAAGUACGCAUAGAAUGCACGUUUCUUGUCUUGUAAAUUUUUAAAAAUGCAUUAUUUAUCUGUCUUAACAGUACAACAGAGUCUAUCAAUUUGUGUUUCUAAACAUGGGUGUAGGCAAAGGAUGGGCCCAUCCCAUCCACAUGCAUGGUCACAGUUUUCAUGUGGUCAAGAUGGGAUUCCCAACUUAUAACGAGACUACAGGUGAGACAAGAAGAUUCAAUAGAACUCUUGAGCUUCCUCUUUUUUUUUUGAGAAAUCCUCAUGUGGAUCGUCAAUGACACAUUUUUGAGAAACCCUCCUAUUGAACUUCAGUGACAACUGUUAGAUAAAUCCUUAUAUGGAACCUGAAUGACAACUGUUAGAGAAAUCCUGAUAUGGACCAUCAAUGACAAAUGUUAGUGAAAUCCUCAUAUAGAAACUCAGUGACAAAUGUUAGAGACAUCCUUAUAUGAAUCCUCGAUGACAACUGUUAGAUAAAUCCUCAUAUAGAAACUCAGUGACAAAUGUUAGAGACAUCCUUAUAUGAAUCCUCGAUGACAACUGUUAGAUAAAUCCUCAUAUGGAACCUCAGUGACAAAUGGUAGAGAAGUUCUCAGGUAGAUCGUCAAUGAAAAAUGUCAGACAAAACAUCCAAUUCAAUUUAUAACUGAUACAAAGUUAAACAAUUUUUAUCAUCUAGAAUAAAAUAUGGUUAUUAUUAUUUCUAUAAUAUAAAUUAUUUAAAAAUAAAGCAGCUUCAUUUUGCAGCUAAAGAAAAAAAAAGGGGGUGGGGGGGAGUUGGUGCUUUUUAAAAAAUAGAGUAAGUAUAAAUGUAUAAUAUGAAUUUAUUUUAAAAAAAAAAAAAAAUAAUGAAAAGUAAAAAAUUAAAAAUCUAAAAUAAAAAUUAUUAAAAAAAAAAGCAGCUUCAUUUUGCAGCUAAAGAAAAAAAAAGGGGGUGGGGGGGAGUUGGUGCUUUUUAAAAAAUAGAGUAAGUAUAAAUGUAUAAUAUGAAUUUAUUUUAAAAAAAAAAAGAAAUAAUGAAAAGUCUAAAAUUACAACUGCAGCGAUGUGUGCAGAGAUGGGUGAUGAUUCAGCAAUAUUUAAAUUAAUUACAACAUACAAAACCCAAUGUCAAAUUUCAACUAAAAAUGAAGUGCUGUAUUCAAUAAUUUUUAAAUUUGUUUUAAACCAGGGAAAGUACUUCAUGACAAUCUAGACAUUGCCUGCCGGGGAAAUCCUGACAGAGAGAAAAGUUACUGCAAUACCGCAAGCUGGGCAAAUAGUUCAUGGGGAGGUAACACCGUUCCUGGUCUUGAACUAGAGUUGCCUCCUGUCAAAGAUACCAUUACAGUUCCGACUGGAGGGUGAGUCAGUGAAAUUAAUAUUUUCAAAAAUGCGUCAUUGCAGAUAAGAAACAAUCAUCAAGUCCACAAGAACGGCUUUCUGUCGAUGGCGUAUCUGGUUUCAGUGCCACCUGAGGGUGGACCAAGAUUUUUUGCCUCACCUUCCACGAUAAAACUAUGCAGUGCCCCGACAACUGGCUCCCGGGGCAGACGACCCUCUCCGUACCCCUUCCUACGCCCAUGCUUUCUGUUAAAGUUGAAAUUCAUUUUAAAAAAAUCAAAUCCUAACUACUACUUUAGAGUAAAAAAAGUUUCUUUUAUAAAACAAUUCCUAAUUAAGUAGGUUAACGUAAAAUUUAGAUUCACAAAGUUAUUUAGUAAACAUCACAAUAAUUUUAAGGACAACUUGAUGACUGUCUUCCUCAGAUGCUUUAAUAAUUUGUCUAACUCUCUUUAUCUUUUAUGUAUUCAAAAUAGAAAUGACAUUGACAUAAUUUCGCCCUAGAAUUUUUAAAAAUCUUUUUCAUAUAUCAUUCUAUAAAUGAUAAAUGAUUAAUAGUCUUGUUCCAUCACUAAAACAUGUUUUACAUUACAUGUGAAUGGUAUUUUUAAAAAAUGCUUAGGCUACGUAUGCAUUUAAUUAAAUUAAAGUUAUGAGACAUGUUAGCCUAGGGCAUCAAUGGUUGCUACAUUAACCAACAGAACCUCUACUCUUCUUCUACUCCAGGUAUGUUGUAGUACGUAUAAGGACAGAUAACCCGGGUGUCUGGUUGAUGCACUGUCAUAUUGAGCUGCACAUGUUGGAUGGAAUGGUUCUUAUGCUCAAUGAAUCUUUCGGCCACCAUCCGCCGCCCCCGAGUGACUUCCCCAAAUGUGGAGAUUUUCUCUACACGGGCAAACUAAAAAAUGAAAUCGAUGUACCAAAUAAUGGGGGUAGUGAUGAGGGUGAGUAAAACAUUGAAUGGCAAUAAUUUAUAAUUUCACAAAAUUCAUUGACGGUUUAUUGUUCUUUAUCGCUGAAAAAUUGAUUUUUGUUUUAAAACCAAACUAAACGAUUUGAAGUUUGAUAUAAAUCGGUUUCAAUAGACCGUUGAAAAACAGCCAGCACAACCUGAUUGGCUGCUUACUCCCACCUAUGGCAUACCCUUGUUUAAAGUUGGUAAAUAAAUGCAGUUAUUACACAUUGACUACGGACCUGGGAAAAGCAUUUAUUCAGUGUGGCGAGUCAAGCAAUCAUGAAGUUUGAAAAUGUUAAUGCAAUUUUUCUUGAACAUAUUGUUAACCACAUGUAAAAUGGACAUCAUUUCAAAUAUUUAUGCUUUAAAUAGGAUAUAGUUUUUAGAGCUGUGCAUAUAUAAUAUUUUUCAACCAUUUUCCUUUCCAGAUCAAAUAGCGAUUAGAACAUUCUGGAUUGUUGUGGGUUGUCUCAUCGCUCUGGCUGUAAUACAGUUUUUCAUCCUGUUUUUGUGUAUGUGUAGAUUAUGUUCAAGGACAAAAAAGGCUAAACUUUGAUGACUCAUUGUUAUUGAAAACGUAUGCCUUCAAAAAUAAAGUUGGCUGUCACAAGCACGUAUAUUUAUUUAGGAAAAAAAAUAAUUAAAUUCCUGUUAUGCUAUGAAUAAAUAACCAUUUUAGUGCUGAAAUAUUUUUGAAUUCAAAUGAAUUUAUAAAAAAAACUUACCAC